AUGAGCGUCGCUUUGGAACAUAGGAGGAAGGAAGGUAGUGCGAUAGGAAGUGGGUUAGUCCAGAAGGAGCAGGGAAAGGACGUCAGUAUAUGGUCAAAGGAAUACAACAUAAUCAACGGAAUGACUGCACCACCACCCCCUAUCCCAGCUAGAUCCCGUUUUCGAACCGUACCAUCCGACACCAAAGCGCUCGCAGAUUAUUCCGAGUCCGUUCCAACUCAGUUUGAAAUACCAUCUCCUGUCUCAGGAACAUCAACCGAUAUGAAAAUAAUCACACAUCGACAAUCAUCUUUAUCCUUAUUCAAAUUACCUGUGGAUCCUCCCCCUCCUCCUCCCAUCACACCCAUUUCACCUACCUUUUCUUCAUCUAUCAAAGAAUCCCCUUCGAACGACUCAACUUUCGGAUUCAGUAAGAGAAAAUCGUCGAAUGCUGUUGAAAGGGAUCCAUUGAAGAUUAGAGAUGGAUUACAAGCUAGGGAAAGUACUAGUGGUGUUUAUACUCCGCCCACCUUUCCCGGAGCCCAAGGUCCUCGUCCUUCCCAUUUCCCAACUCACGUCUACACCCCUACGAACUUCUCACUCUAUCCUCAAGGUGACUCUCCAGCCUCACCAUCCGGUUCAUCCUCAUCCUCCCAAUCUGACUCUACUGCCCCACCCAAAACACCCUUAUCACCCACAGGUAGAUUAUCUAAAGCCGUCUCGUCGAAUAUGCGAAGAUUAUCUAGUGGGAUCGUAUCAUUGAAAGACAGGACUUAUUACGGCACCACUGGAAGUACGAUGCAUCAACGAAGUGUAACCACCCCGAUGUUGGAAUGUGGAGAAUACAAUUAUCAAGGGGGUAUAUCAAAUGCUUAUAACUCUCACGAAACCAAUCUUGGAGGGACGGGAACUGGCCGUUCGAGAGAAUCAAGUUCUAGUUGGGCAUCAUGGGCUGAUAUGAUUGGUAAUUCCAAACCAAGAUUAUCAUCCACGUUAUAUCAUACCGAUACUAGUUACUUCCCUCCUGUCUCUUCUCCCAUCAGUCAGAAUGCGGGUUUGGGUAUGGGAAUGGACUCGAAUGAUACUGGUCACAAGAUAGAGACAGUGGUUAUCGAGUCUUCAUCAGAUCCAGUCAACUUUGUUGAUGGCCCAGGACCUAGAGAACUUGGACCGGGAAGUGGAAGUUUAGCAGGUAAAGGAAAGAGGAAACCUGUUCCUAGAUUAGGUGGGGGAGAGGAACGUCAGGUUCAUGCGAUGUAA